CAUUUUUGGCAUGUCAGUUCGCCAGCUCAAUUUCGUUUGGCAGAUGUGAAAUUGUGAUGGAUUGAUUGAAAAUAAUUAAAUAUAAACAGAUACAUCUGUAUAUACGGCCUAGUACUAAUUGUAGUACUUCUAGGGAGUUAUUUAUAUUACUUAAUAAGUGAAGUUAAUUUAAAAAAUGGCUUCUAGAGGCGGUAUUAUGGUGACAGGUACGAAUGGAGCUGAUUACGAGCACAGGGAAAAAAUAGCGGCUCAGUAUCAAAUAAGUGCACUAAACAAAUCUCGUCUCAAGUACUGUGUGUUUUUUCACCACUUACUGUUCCUGACGAUGAUGGCAAAACUCUCAGCAGAUAUUCUGGACAAGCUGGAUAUAUUCAUACUCGAAAUAGAAGAGCUACAGAUACCACAACCACUUUGGUGGGAGUAUAUCUGGUGUCUAUCUCUGCUUCUCUCAUUUCUGGGACUGUCAGCAAUCAAACGAAACAAUGUGAAGAACCUCCGUCGGUACAUAUAUGGUAUUAUGGCUAUAGGACUGGGGCCGUUGUUGUAUUGUGUGAUAUACUACUGUGGGGAUGUGUACCAGUAUCUAACAUUAGAUGAAGAUGAGGACGAUGAUGAAAUACAAAUGUGGCAGGGUUACCCCUACGGACUGCUGUGGUAUGCUUUCGUACUUCUCGCGUCGCAAGUGCACUUCUUCCAGCUGUAUUUCUCUUACAACUUACUGAAGGCGUGGCGGGCGCGGGGUGCGUACAGGAAAACCGACUAAAAGUUUUCUGUAAUAGGGUUCAAUUUCCUGUGUGAAAACAGUUUUAGGGUUAUGUUUUUUUACUUGUUGUCUAUUUAUCUCUCAUUUCUGUUUCUUUGUUAUGAAUUUUUAUAUUGACAUUUUUUUUUUUUUAAUUAAUUUAUUGUAGGUAUUUAAUUUAGACACGGAUCAAAGGGUACAGAGGUGACAUUUGGCUUAAGUAUGUACCAUUGAACAGUUUAUUUGCAAAAAUG